GGAGGAGAGGCGAGAGGAGACUCGCGGCGCUCGGGUCCGCACUUCUCCAAAUGCCAUCCGACAACCGAGAGCGGCCUCGGACACACCGGACGGACGGCGGCGGCGGCGACGGCGGCGGCGACGGCGGCGGCUCCGCGACGCGCGGUACUCACCGGGAACAUGGCGGCGGGAACAACAACAUCAACAACAAGCUGCGGGGGAACGGAGCGGUAGAUAAAUCAGAGGACGGCGGCGCGUGAGCAGCAUCACUUGCGACAGAGGCGAUGAGGGGGAACCUGAAGGCAUCAGUCCCUCUCUGAGCAUCAACAACACCUCAGCGCGUUGUGCCGCCCUCGCCAUGGGCUACAAGAUCCCCGGGGCGGCGAUGGACAGAGUCAGCCUGCUGUGGCGCCUGAGGCGUCGGGCUCGCCGCGGAGUCCUCUGCAUGGCCUUCUUCUGCAUCUCCAUGGCUCUGCUCUACGCCAUCUGCGCCGAAAACAGCGUGCCCGUCACCGACGCCAUCUUUGGGGUCCGGGCGCGAACCCGGGCUCAGCCUCGUGCACACUCCGUCGUCAAGGUGCUGCGAGGGGGAGCCAAGCCCAUGUACAUCGACCCUCAGAAGCUCCCGGGCGUCGUCCCCGGCGACCCUCAGCGUCCAAUCCCGGUCCUCUCCUCUCCAAACCAAACCCGCGACGCCGUGGACUCGCCGGCAAAGCGGAAGCUGAAGGAGCGAGACCCACCUGGGUUUUUCGCCCGGCUGCUGCCGCGCCCCUUCACGCGGGCGCUGGAGACCCUGUUUGGGGGCCGGCGGAGGGGGGAGCUCAGCGGCAGAGUGGGGGAAGCAGAGUUCUUCGGGCCUCACGGGCUUUUGGGAGAGGUGUGGGAUGACGAGAUGUCCAGUAGCAUGCUGGGAAGCAGGCUGAGGAAGGUGGUGCAGAACUAUCAGGCGAUGAAUAAGUACGGAGUGGAGUUCUCGGGUCCUGGCGGAGUGUCCAGCAGGCCCAAGCUGAGCGGUCCAAAGCUUCUCUGCCAGCUGAGGGACAAGGUAAAGGUCACAACUUUGACCAAUGACCUCGAGCCCUUCUCGUCGCUGUCCUGGGCAGUCCAGCUGCCCCCGAACACCCUGACCUCCGACCUCGGGCCCUACAGGAGUUGUGCCGUGGUGUCGUCUGCAGGGUCGCUACGCAACUCCGGCCUUGGCAAAGAGAUAGACUCUCAUGACGCGGUGCUGCGCUUCAACGCCGCGCCGACGACCGGCUACGAAAAAGAUGUCGGUUCUAAAACCACCAUCCGCCUCAUCAACUCCCAGGUGAUGGCGUCAGAUGACCAUCGUUUCCUGUCCAGCUCUCUGUACAGCUCAGGUGUUCUGGUGGCCUGGGACCCCGCCCCCUUCUCCGCCGAUCUCACCCAGUGGUACAACAGGACAGACUACCCCAUCUUCACUCAGUACCAGAGAUACCGGAAGCUUCAUCCUAUGCAGCCCUUCUACAUCCUGCACCCUCGCUUUGAGUGGCAGGUCUGGCAACGAAUACAGGACAACAUGGCCGAGCCCAUCCAGAAGAACCCGCCCUCCUCCGGCCUGCUUGGAACCGUUUUGAUGAUGUCGCUGUGCGAGGUGGUGCACGUCUAUGAGUUCCUGCCGUCCCGCAGGAAGACGGAGCUCUGUCAUUACUACCAGCGCUUCCACGACGCUGCCUGCACGCUCGGCGCCUACCACCCUCUGCUGUACGAGAAGAACCUGGUCAAGCGGAUGAACCGGGGGCCUGACCGCGACAUCUACACCCAUGGACGCGUCACGCUGCCUGGCUUUGGAAAGAUGAACUGCACCGAGGCCGCUGGAGGUUCAACCAGCCGCUGACUGGAGGCAGUGUAGCACAUAAAAACACAAACCCCCUCCACCCCCUCACACACACUGCAAAGCAGAAACCUGCAUGAAGACACGUAGAUAAGAAGACAGAAGCAUGAACGCUUUAUUCACACUGCCGGAACAAGAGGAACGCUUUGCCACUCAAUAUAAAUAUUAAAUGUUGUCACUAUAGGUUGUACACACCGACACUAUACCCAUAGGUACAUUCCACAGUCAUCACUAAAACCAACCCUUAGAAAUGAACCAUUGCGCUGUUUUUUAAAGUUUUAACAAUCAUAUUUGUUUUUAAGAAAACAGAUUUUUUGAAGAUAGAUUUUAGACUGAAAUCUGCUGUCGACACUUAUGGUAAAUUAAGCUAUUACAUAAUUUUCCAUAACAAUGUACAAUCAAAUAGCACGGGAAAUACACCUGCUUUGUUUUUACACUUCUUGUGUGAUUUUAGUUUGAGAAAUAUUUUACAGCUCUAUUUUCAGGGCUGUGAAAAACUCUCCAGGAUGUGUUGGCUGCAUGUCAGUCGUUUCCCUCAAAUGUGAUUGUAUUUGUUCUCAGACUGAGUCACAGUAAGAACUCCCACGUUAAGCUGGUUGACUUUUUAAAUAAAUGCAUCUACAUCUCUCUUCUCCACAAACAUUUUAGACGCGGCCCAAUACAAAUAAAACACAAUACAUAAGAAGUGAUGUAGCCAUAUUCCUUUUUUUAAUAGAUGUUCCUGUGUGGGGGCAGACAUUUCUUUCAAACUCUGAAUGGUGAAAAAACAAAGAAACAGUCUGAGGGGCAAAGGAAUAUUCUUUAUUGAGGAUAAAUGCUGCAUGCGGAGGACUCUGAUCCAUUCAAAGAGCCAACAAUCUAGCUAAAAAAAAAACUUGUACCCACGUUGUCAAACCUGUAACAACCUAUUAGUCUUUUUUAUCAUUCAUACGUGUACAUAUUAAAAAGUAACACUGAAGAACGGUCUUUAAUGUGAAGCAUAGCUAGUUUUAUUUCUACAAAGAUACAUAUUUACAUACUUGCUAACGUAGCUGCUAACUUAGAAUUUAUUUCAUAGUGGGAAAUUUUAUUUAAUAUUUGGCACAUUUAAUGUAUAAAUACAUUGUCAUCUGGCUGCAUUCAAGUUUUUUAAUAAUUACACCACUUUUACAUCCCUAUACUGAAUAACAUACUUACUGUAGCCACAGGAAAAGUUAACUUAGCAUAGCAUGACAACUGGAAAUGGGUGGACAGAGCUAGCUGGCUCUCUCCAAAGGUAAAAGAGACGCUCGCCGCCAUGGAGUUCACGUUAAAACUGCUGGUAUGAUUUUUAUGAAACUUGCUGCGCAAGAAAAGGACGAAGCCCUUACAUUUGGAUAGGGUCCCGAUCUCGUAGGAGAUACACCAAGUUGUUUUUACUUUCAUUGACGUAGUGAGUCGAGCGUGGCCGUGUCGGCGUUCUACAACUGUCCUUCUGGUUGACACAUUGUACCUUGUUUGCUUCAUCGUUACAAAUAUUUAACUUAUUUCUUGGGGGAUCAUGUGCUGGACUGCUGCUUCAAUGAACCAAUGCUCUUGGAUGAGGUUUAAAAUAGUUGGGGCAAUUUCAUGUUUUUUCCCUCUGGAUGAAAACUUUUUACCUAAGUGAGGAUAACGCUCAUAUUGUAAAGCUUAACUGCAACAGACCACAUAUAUAUUAAAGAUAGUCUAAAACAUUAAAUAGUAUUCUUGCCUGUUUACUUUCAGAGGACAGGAGUGCAAUAGACAUACAUUAAGGACAAAAUAAAAUUGAUUUCUCCUUGUGUUUUGCAAAAACUCUACUCGCUCACACUUGUAUUUUUCAGUAUUACAGUGGAGAUCGGCCUUGAGUGUAUUGUGACUUUUAUUCUAUUAUUACCAAAGCAUGUGCAGCAACAGGAAUACCACUCACACGCAUCUCUGAUGAACAGAGAAAUGAUCCGCAUGGCACAGAGUCUGCUUUUAUCCAAAUGCUUUUUCUUCAACAAGCGUGAUGUAAAACGUGCAUAUUGUUAUUAGCAUCAUCACGUGUGAGCCAGCUCAUUAGCAUGCAAACAAUAAUAAUGAGUUCCUUAGGAAUUGGAUAGUAUUUGUAUGAGAUUUUACUGUUUCUAAAUAUAAUCUGGAUGAACUAGUAGUUACUGAUGGAUUAUUAACUCCCUUAACAGUCCAAGGUUGACCACGUCAAACUGUUUUAGUAAAUUGUAUUUAAUUGUAGAAUGGUAUGAUUCUGGAGAAGUUAAAGCAUUGUACAUUAAGAGUUGUUCCGAUACCAUGACGAUCUGACAUCCAUGUUAUUAAUCGGCUAAUUAAGUUCAAUCAUGCGUUCAAGCUACUCUCAGAGAAAAUGGGUAAUGGGUAAAGGCAAAUUGUUAGGUUUUCUAAUGUAAUCUUGCCAUUUUUAGUUUUUGGCAAGAAACUUGAAUAAAUGCAGUUGUUUGAAAAUGUUUUCAUAUGAAAUAGUAAAUUAUGACAUAUUUAAUUUUUCAUUGUCAUUAACAGACUGAAUCGGAUCGGCACUCAUUUUUGGUAGAGAUAUAGUUCAGGCCUUGAGAAGACUCAAAUGGUAUCAGGACAUCUCUCAUUUUAUUUUCCCCUUUGUAUUAAACCUGCAUUUUUUUCAAAGCACUGAUUGCUCACAUUGAACAAAAGCACAUAAAACUGUCAACAAAAGAA